AUGGCAGUAUUAGAAUCGAAAGAUUUAACUUCUUUAUCAAGAAAUAAACCACAAACUGUAUUGGUUGCUUAUAGUCACUCUAUUUAUUCUAAUAACCAAGCAAGUUACCGUAAUAAUGAAACAAUUCAAAAGGAAUCUGAAACUGUUUCAUCUAAUAAAGAAUAUAAAAGACCUGAAAUUGUCACUCUAUAG